AUGGCACAUGCUCGUAUCUCAGCCAACCUCCCCCCUGAUAUCGAUCCCACAAAAGCUCCUGUUGCAUUCGGAAAGAGGGCCCUUCCUAAACUGCAGGAGGAGUUACAUUCUCCUGAUCUGCUGACUCAGCAGCGGGCAUUGAUGGCGCUCUGCGAUCUGGUCCAUGACCCAGAAAAUGUCUACCAGGCAAUAGAAAUAGGAUUCUUGGACAACCUGAAGACUUUGCUGCUACAUCAUGACAGUACUGUCCGACAAAAAACAACACAAAUCCUCUAUAUAAUGGCUAGACAUAAUGUUGGCAGGCAAGGCCUGAUACAAAAUGGAGUGAUUUCUGCCCUCACUAAGCUCUUGGAUGAUCCAGUAGAUAUCUGUCGGAAGAACACGCAUCAGAUUUUUGAAAUGAUGGCAAAAUUACCUGAAGGUAGUAUUGUUAAAUGA